CUACUACCUAAUCUCACAACCUCACAAUACCACCCACCCACACCGCUGCCACUACCGCCGACUGUUCAUGCCCACUGCCACGACGACGACACGCCUAUUUCUAUAAUCCUCUCGCGACGCUGCUGCUCCCUUGGACGCGCUGUUGCGACGUGCAUGCUUGUGAAACACCCGCGACAACUCCGCAUUGUCUCCCGUCCGUCAGCUGCCCUCCCUCUCCCAAAGAACGAACAGUCCACGCACACACGACCUGAGCAUUCCCGCUACGACCACACGCAUACACGCAAACAUCUUCUACCGCAGCCGUCCUCUACACACCGCCCUGAGCUGCCAUCGUAUAGCGCCCGGCCUUGCGCUGGCCAGCCCUGGCACUGAUUGCGCUACUCUCGUGCUUGGCCGUCACUCGACAACGACACAGUCUGCGGACACUGGAUGCGCACCUGGACAUGAGAAACAAUGACGCGACCGCAAAUAAUUAGAGCAGAUACCCACGACUUGCAGGCCAAAUCGUCGCCCACGGCCAAAGACCAUUCCUUACAGCCCGCGCACCCGGCGCCCCUCGGCAUCGGCCCCGCAGCACCGCAUCAAGAGGCUGCCCUGCGACACGUCGACCAGGAGCGCUCCACAGAAGAGGCCAAUUUACAAAAUGCGUGGAGUCAGGCUGGAAGCAACCUGCGCGCGGACCCCGGCUCUGACGAUGAGGGGGCUGUGACACAAACCACCAACGGCCAGCACCAUGAAGAGCACGCUAUACGUCUUGAAGGCGACGAUGGGGAGAUGCAGGAUGCCGACACCGACGACGAUAUGGACGACGACAUGAGGGAUCAAAUAUCGAGCUCGCCCUCGAUCGACGAUGAGGACAUCGACUUCGAAUUCGUCUACGCCCUGCACACGUUUGUUGCGACUGUAGAAGGUCAGGCAAAUGCAACGAAGGGUGACACAAUGGUACUCCUUGACGACAGCAAUAGCUACUGGUGGCUAGUACGCGUUGUCAAGGAUAGCAGUAUUGGCUAUUUACCCGCAGAACAUAUCGAAACCCCUACAGAACGACUUGCACGCCUGAACAAGCACAGAAAUAUUGACCUUUCUGCGACGAUGCUUGGUGAUACCGCGAUAUCGUCGAAGAACCCGCUUAAGAAGGCCAUGCGACGACGUAACGCCAAGACUGUGCAAUUCGCACCGCCCACAUACGUCGAAGCGUCAGAUUACGACGACUAUUCGUCUGAUGAUGACGGUGACGGUGAACUGUUUGGCGGUCCGGAACCCAAACAAAUACAACAACAGGCCGCCGAGUCGGAGGAAGAUGAUGGUCUGAAGGUGCAGCCGCUGAAACUGGGCGGUGGAAAGAAAGACCCAAGGCCAGACGAUGAUUCGAGGUCUUCGACCGAUUCGAUGAAGAAGGAAAGAGCAAGUGACGAGGGCUCUGACCGUCCGUUGGAUCCUAAAGUUUCCCGAAAUGGUACGCUACGUAACACAGACUCAUUCUUCAGAGACGAGAACACCGAGACACGGAAAAUCACGCUUACACCGAAUUUGCUACGCGACGAUUCAAGUACCUCUACAACAGGCUCUCGCGAGCGCGGGCCCAGCCUGGAAAGCUUGGAGAAGAAUGGCUUUGCGGACAAGGCCAGGGACGAUAAAAAGAAGAAAGAGAAGAAAUCGGGCAUGCUGAGCGGACUGUUCAAGCGCAAGGACAAGAAGACCAAAUCGGACUCGGUCGACAGCGAUAUCGAGAAGCAGCUGGAGGAAAUAGACCGGACCUCGCCCCAACCGAAACCUUCAGAGGAAUCCACGGAACGACCAUCACCCGAGCGAGUCGCACCUACCCCUUCAAGACAGUCUAGUAAAACCAAACUGCAAAAAGCCCAUAGGCAUCGAGACGGCUCUCCCAUCAAGACCAAGGGAAUUUUGAAGACGGAUAGUCCGAUGGAAGCACCGGAUUCGGACAUGAUGAUGGAUGACCCUGCUGAUGGACAAAAUACUCAGCAAACAUCGACUAUGCGCUUGGUGUCGCCGGAUCAAGAUUCACUCAGAAAGCCGUCUGUGGACGAGCGUGUGCUUUCACCUGACCACCGCUCGGCGCAGAAUAACGCGGGCUCGAAGAAUCUCUUUUCCGCGAACCAGCCGCAACAGAACAGUAAUGUUGGGCCCGUGCUAGUUCAGACAGCAAAACAACGUGUCCGAUUAGACGACUUCGACUCGGACGACAGCAGUGAUCCGUUUGCAGACCCAGAAGCACAGAACAAGCUCGCUCGUACUGAAACCGCCGAGUCCGCAGGCCGUCUCUCUGAAUCUCCAGUUCAUAUUUCGUAUCCCGACAAUCAAGAGAAAGCCCAUGUCCAGGACGGCGAGCGGGAUAGAGAUCCUCGGCAACCCCCCGGUCUGUCCAUUGAUACGUCGAGUCAGGAAACUAGUUCUCCUGUUUCGACACCCACACCCGAUGACAGUCCGACAAAAUCUCACCCUGACAAACUCUCCAUCUCGACGAGCAUCACGAGAGGCGCGUCGCCGCACCUCGCCCCGAUUGACGAAAACUCCAUCUCGAUGGGCAACUCGCCUCAACUGUCCUCGGAAAGCACGAUGCUCCCCGCGUGGUCGGAUGCUUGUCUAAGAAACUAUCUCGACGACGGGAGUGAGAUCCGCGACAUGCUCGUCGUCAUCUACGACACAACGGGUGUAGAGCCCGUGGGCAAAGAACACCCCUUCAUGAGGAGCUUCCUCGCCGACGAAGAAAAGCGACUAGGUGCUCUAAGCGGAGAGCUCGACGGCCUACUCAGCGGAUUAAUGGGUCGAGGGCGGAAGACCGGCAGCGUAGGGAGGGAGGGCAGUAGUGCCAGUGCGCGGAGCGGGCGGUAGUACGGCCCCAGCCCUGCUGCCCUGUACGAUGCUUCUGAGUUGCGCGCGUUGUGCCUUUUCGUAAUCGUUUUUUCUCUUUUUGGGCGACUGGCAAUACCCUAGGGGCCUACUUCUACUCCUUUUUCGGCGUUUUUCGUGACGAUUUGGCUGCUGCCUCAGGUAUUCAAUCAAGAGGGGUGGGUCAAGAUGGCAUGGGAUGGGCUAAUGUGGUAUGAUUUUCGCGACACACGUUCGCGGAUAUGCUUUGCUUUUGGGCGGAUUCGCAGGGUAUGUGUGGUGGUUGUGGUAGUGGUAUUGGUGCCUGGUUGUACCGUACUGUAUCAUAUCGUGUUUUGGGCUCUUCUUUUCUUCUUCUUAUUCGUUACAUGGUAUGCCAGCCCUGCUAGGGGGGCGGGUUCUUUUCAAACGUAUAUGUUAGUCGUGCGGUUUAGUGCUCGUACGCUUGGUAAUACAUGGAUCUCUUGGUUUC